AAUUCUUAUGGACAAAUGUGAAUCACAUGCAGAUAUCUUCUCGCCCCUCGUUUCUUUUUCCUCCAUUGUCGGAGGACGCAAAAACAAAAAUCCAGGAAUCAACGAUUUAUUUGUAACAGGGAGCUCUUUGCCUGGGAUGUAGCAAAUGGGGACUCCAAGAGAAUGUUGCCGUUACUUCCUCUACUUCAUCUUUUUUCUUCCUGUUUUUUCGUUUCUUUUUACUCUCGGAUUUGCUAAAGCUGCUGUAUUCAGUCCCUUUGUAUUUCUGGUGAUUGCUUUUGGGGAUACUGGUAUUGUCAUUGGCUUAUGGCCCGUUCAUCUAAUCUGGAGUAUCAUCUGUAUUAUAAGAACAAAUAUGUUUGGCCCAUUCAUGAAAUGCCUUCUGAUUUUAAUUCUACCGAUACCCAUAGCAGUAUGGACAGUGAUUGGUGUUGUUGGAAGUGUGAUUAUGGGUAUUGGUUAUGGCUUCGUGUGGCCUGUCAUGGAAACGCUUAGAGCUAUCAGCCGAGAAGGCAUUCCAAUUCAUAUGAGAUUGAUUCGGUGCUUCACGGAUGGAACGUGGAGCAACGUAUGGGGAGCGUGCACCAUUGUGCGUGAUUUUGCAGAUUUUUCCUUCCAUUCCUACUUCUCCAUCAUGGAUGGGAUGGUUGAGUGGCAGGGAGAGGAGCAGAUUGACAUCAAGGUUCACGAGCUAGCUAGUUGCAUUUUGGUCGCACUUGUCGGGAUUAUGGUUGAUUUUCCUAUUAUCACUCUGAUCGUUCUGUACAAAGCUCCAAUUAUGCUGUUCAAGGGGUGGCACCGGCUAAUACAAGACCUCAUAGGAAGGGAGGGCCCUUUUCUAGAGACAGUUUGUGUUCCUUUCGCUGGAUUGUGGAUAUUACUAUGGCCUGUUGCUGUUAUAAUGGCAACUUUUGCUGGUAUAGCCUCCAGCAUUGGCUUAGGUCUUUAUGGUGUCGUUGUUACAUAUCAGGAAAGUUCCCUGAAGAGAGGAUUGCUUUAUGUCAUUGCAUCUAUUUCUUUGUUUGACGAGUACACCAACGAUUUAUUGUACUUGCGAGAAGGCUCGUGUUUCCCCCGACCUAAAUAUAGCGAGAAGAUGGAUUAUUCAAGUUCAUCGCUGGUCCCUGUUAAAGGACUACACGAACAUCUCGAACGUAUUCGUACAAGUGAACCGUUGAUGACUACAGCUGAGCAGAAGAGUGCGGUGAAGGCGGUAGUGAUUUGGGAUAGCUUUUUCAAGGCAUGUGAAGAAAUUGGGAAAGAGCUGAUUAGAGAUGAAGCCAUUGGGGUUGCAGAUCUCGAAGCUUGGCGUCAGGCAAGAAACAAGAUAAUUCAUGUUGGAAUUUCUUCUCAUGCAUUUCUUCAAUGCUUUCUUCGUUCGAUCAAGAGCGGUUCUGCUGGUUUCCUCAUGAGUGAUAAAAUUGUGAUAACCAGUGUUAAUAGGCCAGAAGGACGGAUUUUCGACUGGCUCUACGAGCCAUUGUCCAUCAUGAAAGAGCAAAUCAGGUGCCUAAAUUUGCAGGAAAGUGAGGAGUUGUACUUGUACAAGUUCUGCUUAUACAGUGGUGACACGGCAAGAAUCGAGUCGUGGGAGAAUGGUGGCAUACCUCCUCCCGACGAAAUACGAAGGGCGCAAUUAGAGGGUAUAGGUAGAAGGUUGCAAGGCUUUUGUUUGACAUUGUCUCGGCUUCCUACUUCGAGACGUCGAUUCUUUGAAGUUUUAGGAGUCCUCGAACAAGAAGCAAAGGGCGCUAGUCAUGUCGGGAAUAGAUACGAUGUAGAAGCAGCCACAUAGGGAUUUAUUUCCAUUUGUACCAUUAUUGUAACAUUGUAUUGUAUCGGCCACUCUAAAUUGAUCAUUAUAACAGGUAAAAUGCCAUUUUUGAGCUUAUUAUUCUGAUACCUAUCCAUUUAGUUCUUCA